AGGUUCGUUGCUGACACAAUGGUCAAACAAGAUUAACUCAAGCAGCACAUUUCGGAUCCAUAGAAAAGUUUUAAACUUCCGUGUGUCGCAAUGAUAUGGAUCUAUUAAUACAGUAUGCUUCUUCGGGGAUUGUUAAAUGCUCGUCACUAACAGUCAGUGUCACGAAACGUGCAGGCGCUGAGAGGUGGCCAGUAGGUAUCCAUCGUACAAGGCGUUUCAUCUCAAGGACACGACGGUUCUCUGACAUGCAAACGAUGGGGGCUAUUUGCUGUUGUUUCAGAAGAAAUUACAAGCCUGUCCCUUCAAAUACAGACUGGCGGAAUCAGCUGUCGGAGGAAGAGAAGAACGUUUACCUGACAGAGAAGACAUUGCUGCUUGUGUCGGAGAACCUAGGGGAAGGUUGGAAGGCGGUGGGCGUCCGUCUAGGGCUGACUUAUGUGUGUGUACAGGGGUGCAAGAUGACUCACUCUACCUGUGUGAUGCAGAUCUUUGUCAUGUUGAACACGUGGAGGAAGAAGGAAGGUCAGGAGGUUACAGCCGGGAAUCUGAUGAUGAUCCUUCAGCAGAGUCUACAGGUGUGCAAUAUAGACAUGUGGGGUGUCGUUGAUGUGUUGAAGGAGCACUGAUGAUCUAACUCACACCUCAACUCAACGUAUCAGUGACAAAAACGAUGUCCGAUGCAAGUCACUAUUUUGACUUAUACCAUACGUUCCGAAAUAUUUUCAGGUUACCACAAUUGACUAGACUUUGCAUAUAUUUAAUAACGGGUGGGACAGGAUACGCUCACCUUCGCAAACACCUGGUAUCAUCACAAUUUCAUACUCAUGCAUAAACACAUGCUGUCAUCGUAUCGCAUGGUGAUAAUCACUUGAUUGUCUGGUUCAGACUCGAUUGUUUACAAACAAGAUCGUACAGCUAGAAUUCUGCUGAAGCUUACACAUAUUCAUGAAUUAGUCACAAUCGUAUAAUCGACUCUGCUUUUAGCCGAGAUUUCUUAUUGAUGUGGAAAUGGUUUUGUCGCUUCUGUUUAUGAAAACCAGUAGUUCAUUAUUUGUACUAAGGAAUUAUAAUGUUUUUUGUUGUUAUGAUCACAAUUAAUGUUUGUGUAAUAUUUUCCAUAAGAUUCGGAUUCAGAACUGCUUUGGUAACAUUUGCUGGUAACUAUUGCUGUUUCAGAUACUCUUUGUACCGAACAAGGGCAAGUCUAAUAAUAACGUAGA